GAUUUCAUCACUGUGCACAGGGGAAUGUACGUGGGGGAGAUUCUGAAGCAUCCAUGACAGCUUUUGUGCUCAUUGCCCUGCAGGAGGGGAAGGGAAUUUGUGCCGGUCAAAUCUCAAGUCUUGACAGCAGCAUAUAUAAAGCCAUUGUGUAUCUCAGAUCUCGUUUACAUGGUCUGACGAAUCCUUACGCAGUGGCUAUGGCAUCUUAUGCUCUUGCCAAUGGAAAUGCACUUGAUAAACAGGUCCUGUUGAAAAAAGCCUCUGCAGAUGGAAGUCACUGGCCUGUCCCUGGAAGCAGUAGCUUUACUUUAGAGGCUUCAGCCUAUGCGCUUCUGGCUCUCGUAAAAGUUCAAGACUUCCAGAGUGCAGCUCCCAUUGUAAACUGGCUCAACAACCAGAGGCAAUACAGUGGAGGAUAUGGCACGACUCAGGCCACCAUCAUGGUGUUCCAGGCUGUAGCUGAAUACAGGAUUCAAGUGAAAGACAUAAAGCAGUUAGACCUGGAGAUGACCAUUCGAGUGGAAGGCAGCCAGCAACCAGUUGUGUGGAAGUUCAACAAAGAAAACUCUCAUCUCACACAAACAGAAAAG